GCAAGAAUGUCGACCCCGACCCCUGCGGCGGCGCGGUCUGCUGCGGUCGCCAUGGACUACACACUCGCGGCGCUGAAGGUCUUCGGCUCCCAGCUCGCCGCCUCCACCGAGGCGCCGUCCUCCGAGGGCUCCUCCGCCGCGCAGAUGCUCUUCGGCAUCCGCUACCAGCGCGCCUGGAUCCAGGGCAUGCUCCUAUCGGCGGAUUACAAUGAGGCCGGCGAAGGGCGCCUGGUGCUGGAUGACGGGUCCUGCGUCGCCGACCUCUUCGUCUUGCCCAAAGAAGCCGAGGGACGGCAGUGGCGGGCAGGGAUGUAUGUAAUGGUUAUUGGGGCAUACGUUGCAGCAGAGUCUAAGGACAAUUAUCCAGCUAUCAAGGUGCAUAAGAUAGUCGAUCUCUCGGCCCAGCCAAACCGUGAUGCAAUGUGGUACAUGGAAGUAGCCGAGGCCUACAAUUUCUUUUACUUGCCAUUCUCAGCUUCUAGUCCCCCGUCAUGAGCAGUUGAGCACUGAUCUUGUUCUCUCCAGUUACUUGGUUUAAUCGUUACCCUCUCUUAGCUAUUUGGACAUGUAUUCAACACCACAUUGUGGUUUAUAUGUGCUAUGGGGGAUCUCUCUAGUUAUUGUAGACCUUCUAUAUUUUAAAAACAUUUUGGAAAUA